AUGCAACAGGACUGUGACGUUGGCCACAUCACUUACGAGAGGAUAUGCCAGGCCAAUAACUUGCUGCCCAGGUCGCAGGUAAAGAGGCAGCUCUGGGGGAAGAAACUCGAUCUCAGGUAUGCCGGGCUGUUGCCUGCAGAAGUCAAAGCGGUGGCGGCAUCACUGAAGCGGAACAACCGAAUCGAAGAAGUUGAUCUGUCCUACAAUUCAGUAAAAGAAGAAACUGCCACUUUUGUGAUAGAAGUACUGCAAAGUAACACCUACAUCACUAAACUGAAUCUGGCUGGUGGUUCUUUGGACGUAACAGGGGCUAUGGCUUGUUGCAAGUUACUGACACAGAGCACCAGCCUCCUUCAUCUGAAUCUUUCAGACUGUUCUAUCGGGGACAGUGAAAUUGGUUAUCUGGCACAAGGAAUUCAGGUGAACCAUAUACUUCUACAACUGAACCUCAGUAAGAACAAGAUUGGACCGACAGGCGCCAUACAACUUUCACGAGCUUUAGGAGAGAAUUCAACGUUGGUUUUUGUCGAUCUCAGUUGGAACCACAUCCGAGGAGGAGGAGCAGUGGCGUUAGGAAAUAGUUUAAAGAAAAACAAGCGACUGGAAGAACUUGACAUAUCCUGGAAUGGGUUUGGAUUUGAAGGCAGCAUAGCGUUUGGCGAGACACUGCGAGUCAACAGAACAUUGAAAAUAUUGAAUAUGGAAAAUAAUAGAAUUACCUGGGAUGGAGCGCCUCACUUGGCCAAGGGGUUGGCUGUAAACCGCACCUUAGAGGUGUUGCAGAUUGGCAGAAAUCCGCUGUCCAUGCAAGGUUGUGAGGAGAUCUUGAAAGCCCUGGCUAAACCAACAUCACGUGUUAGAUUGUUGAGCUUAAAAGAUAUCCCCAUUAACACCAAGAUCGCACUGAAGGCAUCAGACAUUGCUAAACACAGAGAGUUCACCCUGCAGCACGGGGGGAUCCUGAACACAAGGGACGUUAUCGGCUUCCAGAGACAGAGUUCGUGUACCGCUGGAGGACGCCGAUCUUCUGCUGGUGGCAAGCCGCCUGCGGUCAAACAAGCGUGGGGAGAUCAGUUACAAGGAACUGGCGAGCGCUGUUCGAAAUCGCAUAAUUAA